UUCCCCAGCAGGGAUGAGCAGAGUUAGGGACUGCACACCCACUCCCAGAGCUCGCUCCUGCCCAUUCCCCCAGCAGGGAUGAGCAGAGGCAGAGCUUGUCCCCAGCUGCAAGGGGAGGAGGCACACAGUGACACACAGCACAGCACAUGUUAAAGGCCAAACACUUAAAGGCAGUGUUUGGCCUUUAUCACCCACGCAGGAAGGCAGAGCAGUCCAAAACCCACUCCAAGGACUGCAUCUUUGGCCUGGGAACCCAAAAGUCAUCUCCUCACCUUCUUCACUUGCUGCCACAACCCAUCAGGGCCUGGGAGCCCUGAAGUCCCUGUGACACGGCCAGUCUCCCCAGCAGUGCUGCCCAGCAGUGGCAGCUGCCAGGCUGUGGCUGGAUUUGGAGCAGACCUGUCCCCGGGCCAUGCUCAGAGCCGUUUCCUGAUGGCUUUUCCUUCACCCACAUGGCCGUGGUGCAGUGCCAGGAGGCUGUGGCAUCCCAGGACAGGUGCCACCCGUGGUGCAGGUGCCACCAGUGGUGCAGGCAGGUGCCAGCAGUGCCCGGGCUCCUCGGUGGGGUGCAGGGUGUGCCUGCGGCACUGCCAGGGAUUAUCUGGCCUCAUGCAGCAGGCAGGGCCCCACUCCACGUCCCACAUGGCUGUCACCUGACUCAGCCCUGGUGGCCAACCUGGUGACCGACCGCAGUCCCGGACUUGUCCCCUGGCUCGCAGGCAGCAGAGAGCCAGGUGGCCAUGGUGACCUGCUGGUAGGGGAAGCCCGCUGGGACAGCUCGCCUGGGAAGCACCCCAAAGAUGAGGCUCAACCAGAGAUUGGAGCCCCUAAAGCCAGUUUGGAUGCUAAAGGGGAAACUGACCCCGACAAGUCACCCCUGAUGCAGCCCUUGGCCGGGCUGGGCUGCCAGGCUGACCCUGGCCACGCUGCUGGGGAGCCAGGCCCCGUGCCCCACGUGGGCACUGCCAGCUGGGAGCGGGCCAUGCCGGGAGGGGACACGGCGGACGCUGGCACGGGGCUGGUGGAGCUGGGGGCUGAUGCCCUGGGCCAGGAGCAGCUCAGGAAAGGAGAAACACCUUCACCGGGGAGGAAAACAGAUGAAGCCACGGAGGAGACCCAGCUUGACCCCGAGCAGCAUGACAGGAGUGUGAGCCCCUUUGCGGCAGGGGCCUGCCAGCUGCAGAGCUCUGCCCCGGCAGCCCCACAGCGCCUUCCCCAUCCCGGUGAGCUGGGGGGGGACCCGGCUCUGCAGGCCCCAGGGCAGGUCCUGAAACCUGGGGCUGAUUGUACUGAGCCUAGGGAGAGUGUGGAGACCAAGCCAGCUUCACCCAGGAGGGGCAGCAGGAUCCCAGCCAGCAAGCUGACACCGAAGAGACACAGAGAGUCCCCCAAGAGAGCAGCUGAGGAUGUGGAGAGGGGUCCCACAGAGCCCCCUCCCCGGGGCUCCUCCCAGCUGGGUCCCACGGGCUGGGACAGCCCCAGCCUCAACUCUCUCAGUGGCAGCUCAGCGCUGCAAAAUUCACCAGUUCUCCCCAAGGGCUCUUACCAGUUCGACCCCAAUAACUUUGACUCCAUGGAUCCAUUCAAGCCCACCAAGACGCUUGCCAGCACCGACGCUGACUCUUGCUCCACUGCAGAGAACAGCCUCAAUGAAAUCCUCGAGUCUCAGACCCUGGAGAUGCAGGACGAUGCCCUGAAAGGCAGAGACUCCCCCAAGAAGCCCAAGUCACGCCUGAUAACGACUACUGAGCAAGUGAAAUUUCUCUGUUUUCUGUUGAGCGGCUGCAAGGUGAAGCAGCACGAGGCGCAGCCCCUGGUCCUGGACAUCAGCGCUCAGGAUGAAGGAGUGUUGAUCUCAGAAAUCCCAGACAUCACAAACCGGGAUGGACGUGCCACUGAUGAGGAGAAGCUGGCCUCCACCACCUCCACGCAGAAACCAGCGGGGCUGGAGAAGAAGGCCGAGGCAGAAGAUGACCUGGAGUACUUUGAGUGCUCCAAUAUGCCUGUGUCCACAGGGAAGCACAGAGCAGAGGCAGGUUUUGAAAAGGAGAUCUGCAAGCAGAUGGAAAAGGGAGGGCCUGGCAUCUUCCCUGACAAUCCCGGGCUGUGCUCCAUGGAGAAGUGCCCCAGCGUGAGCAGGAGCGAGAGUCCCCUGGCUGGCAUCUGCCUCAGCGAGUCCGAGAAGGCAGCUGUGCUCACGCUCAUCAGAGAGGAGAUAAUCACCAAGGAGAUCGAGGCCAACGAGUGGAAGAAGAAAUACGAGGAGAGCCGGCAGGAAGUGCUGGAGAUGAGGAAGAUCGUGGCUGAAUAUGAAAAGACCAUUGCCCAGAUGAUAGAGGAUGAGCAGAGGACAAACAUGACGUCUCAGAAGAACCUGCAGCAGCUCACAAUGGAAAAGGACCAGGCUCUGGCAGACCUGAACUCAGUGGAGAGGUCCCUGUCAGAUCUGUUUAGGAGAUAUGAAAACCUGAAGGGCGUCCUGGAAGGAUUUAAGAAGAACGAAGAAGCCCUGAAGAAAUGUGCUCAAGAUUAUCUCACCCGUGUCAAGCAGGAAGAGCAGCGGUAUCAGGCCCUGAAAGUCCACGCAGAAGAAAAAUUAGACAAAGCCAACGAGGAGAUCGCCCAGGUGCGCACCAAGGCCAAGGCGGAGAGCGCGGCGCUGCACGCGGGGCUGCGCAAGGAGCAGAUGAAGGUGGAGUCCCUGGAGAGAACCCUGCAGCAGAAGAACCAGGAGAUUGAGGAGCUGACCAAGAUCUGCGACGAGCUGAUAGCGAAACUGGGAAAGUCAGACUGAGCCUCAGCACCCCUCGCCCAGCACUCUGCACUUGGCUGCUUUUCUCGUGACAUCGAGCACCUUGCCUUACCCUGGAGACCCUGCAGGAAAGCUCACGUGUCCAGCUGCCCCCUGGCUGCCAGGCCCGUGGCUCCUGAGCAGGGCUGCUCCCCUCACUGUCCCUGUCUGCUUCCCACAGCUCCGGGCUGGGAUCCUUGCAGUCAGCCUAGGAAUCCUGUGGUCAGCUUGGGCCUGUGUGUCCCUCCCAGGGCCUGCUGCCCUGUCCCUCUGCACCACUGCCACCUCUGGGGUGGGAGGUGACACCCUGGGCUCUGUCCCCCUUGGUUGGGCUGGGUCCAGUUGUGUCCCCACUGCACUCUCUGUCACUGAUUGUCCUCUUGUGCUCAGCAGAACAAGUCCAGCCACUGGGACGUGGGUGAUGCCAGGGGUGGACCUGCUGGCUCUUGCACUGGGGGAGGGCACCUGGCACGGGGAUGGCUGGGCUCUGGUUUGUGGGUGAAGCACAGCACAGCCUCUCCCUGUCCCUGGCUGUGCCAGCCUCAGGGGAAGGGAGCUGACAUCUCUGCAUUCGUGCACUUUAUGAGCAUUUAUGGGCACUUGGGCUCUCUGCUCACUCCUUCCAGUCAGGCACGACACAAGGCAUGACUUGUUCCCCCCAGAGCACUGAACAGUCACAUAACCUGCAGUAACUUCAGUCCUCUCCAGGGAGAGUCCAGCUGAGGGGAGGCAGGAGGUUUCUGCACCAAGAGGAGUUUGAGAAGCAGGGGAGAUGGCUCUGGAGAGCUGGGACUGCCUGUCCAUCCUCCCGUAGCCACCUCGCCUGUGGCCCUGGCCCCUGCAGGGCUGGGUCACCUGGUAUUGGACACAUGCAAAGCCAGGGCUGUGUCUGUGACUCCCUGUGCCAUGGUGAGAUCAGGGCUCCGUUUCAGAGGCUGCAGGAGGAAGGAAAGGAACCCUGAUGUGCCUCGUGGGUACUGCAGUAGCUGCAGUGGUGGAGGAUUCUCUGCCUUGAAUGGAUAGAUGUGAAAUAAGGGAAAUAUUUGCAGUUUGGACUGUUUCCUGCCCAGCCUGUUGAACACUUUCGCAAACCUUUUUGCUGCUACCUUUUUGUAACAAAAUUGAGCUCUUUUCCUUGGAUUUUCUAAUUCCCUGUGUCGAGCAUGCCGAGCAAACACCUGUUUAAGCCAGAGCCAUACACUUGAUUAUAUUUUAUUAGUUAUAUAAUAUAUAGAGAGUUUAUUCUACACUUAAUCAAAGGUGUCAGCAGCCUGCCCCAGCACACAGCUUCCCAGCCUGUUCUCCAUGUCCCCAAUUAUCCCAGUGACAGACUGGGACACGGAAGCCAGUGGCUGACACCACUCAAAGCGGUACACCUGUUGCUUGUGCUGGAUAUUCACCCUUUGCACAGUUGGCAGAAGAGAAAAACCCUUUUUCCCCCUUUAUUUUAACCCCCGUGACCUCCCCACAUGUCCCCUCCUGGGCUGGUGAAAAAGCUUCAAUGAUACGAUCAACAGUGCUAUUUCUGUUCAUCUUUGGGGGUCUGUUCAGGUAAAGCAAACCCCUGAGACCCUGCGAUUUCUGGGGCACUUGGCUUUUUCUCUUGAGGAAGCAGAGUGCAGCAUUGCAUAACCCCUCAGAGCUGGUGACAGGCUGCUUCAGGGCUGCUUUCUGGUUGGGGCCCUGGGGCACUGCCCUGCCCUGCCCUGCCCGCAGCAGCACCCACGGUGCUGGUGUGAGGCUGCUGGAGCCCUCAGCCUUCUGCUUUGCUCAGGGCUGUGCUACUCAUGUGCUGUCCUGGCUCAAGGUGAGGCAGCCCAAGGUCAGUCUCUCCUUGGGGCGUGCCUCUGGCCCUUGGAGCUGAUGGAUAAAUGCAGAAGUUUCGAUUUCACCACUUCCCCAGAGCCCUGACCUGCACACAGCAGCCACUGCUGCAGCUCUCCCCUGUGGGCUGUCUGCAAAGCAGGGCUGCACUGUGGUGCCCCACGGGACACAGUCCUGCAUCUCUCCUGUCCCUGCUCCCUGGUGCCACCCGGUCCUGCCGUGCCACCUCCCCUCAGCCGGUGCUGCCACGCUCCUGUGCCUGUCUUUGUGCACCCAGCCUGGGCAAAGAAGAUUCCUACGGAAUGAUUUAUUAACUAUAAUAUGGUUAUAGUUCCAUAUAUAUAUAUAAAUACAUGCACAAUGGGUAUAAAACAGAGGGUGUGUUUGCCAGCGGGCAGCAUGGCUGCACCUCGAGGUGGUGGUGUCCCCGUGAGUGGCACAGGGAACGGCAGGUCCCUGUGUGUGGUGUCACAGCUGGGUGCGUUUGUCAUCUGUUCCUUGCAGUAGACUUUAAAUGCCCUUCUGGCAGCAGCAGGCCCUGCCCCUGCUGCUGUGUUGCUGUUUGCAGUGUGUGUUUGCCAGCAGAUCUGUCUGUAACCAAGUGCCAACCAGUAACCCCCAACUACUGAUGUCCCCCCCCGUCCCUCCAGUGUGGCCUCCCCCAGGCAGGAACUUCCUCUGCAUUGGCUCCUACCCCUCUGCUUCCAGCCAUGUGUGUAACUGCCAUCGCCAUCGGUUUUCUAGGUAUGAUAAUUUCCCUUUUAUAUGUCAGGUAAAUAUUUGUAAGAGUUAUACCCACACAAAUGAGAUUAUUAUAAUGAUUACUAAUAUAUUUUUUUCCAUGUUUCAUUGCCUGAGUAAAAACUGUGUUUAUCACUCUUGAAA